AUGACUAUGCUCGUUGAGCUCACUCGUCGCGCCGUCUCGCACCCGCAGACGGCGGCGUUUGUCAAGCGCGCUGUGGCUAUCAAGCAUGGCGACGGAGAGGAAGUCGAGCUUCCUACCUGGGGCAUCGUAGUCGUCUACCUGACCGUCUUGGUUGGUAGCAUUGCCUUCAGCCUCGUAUCCUACAUGCUGAACCAUGUCAUCACGUCCCUCAGCAUGGUUGAGUCCCCCAUGGCCGCCAUCACCGUGACGCCCUCCGCCCAGGAGCCCUCCGCCAAAGAAGGUGAGAAGGAGACACUCCUUGAAACCGGCCCCACGAUCGCCCUCGUCAACCAGAAGCCCAUCACCUCGUCCAUCCGCGCCACGAUCCGCCACCUGGUCGCCAACGCCGGCCGCUUCGCACGCUUCAGGGGAUACAGAAUCCACAUUGUGUACUCGCUCCUUAACAGCCUCGUCUUUACCUUCUUCAACGGCGCCCUCGGUUUCUUCCCCGGCCAAGCCAUCAUCAGUGCCGCCCUCUCCGGCGCCAUCCUCGCUCGCAUCCACGCCGCUUGGACCCACAAGGUCGUCAGCAUGCCCACCGAACAGUCGUUCUGCCAGCGCAUUCCCAACAAGAGCCACUGGAAGACGCUGGCUCUCCCCGCUGCUGUUGCCUCCGCUAUGCCGUACAUCAGCAUGUACCUCACCGUCGGUCUGGUCAUGCUUCUCGGUUUUGAUGACAUGGAGCCCGUGACUACCUGUGCGCAGAAGAUGGGCGUCAUCGCGCGUGUCCUUGGUGUCGCCAUCUUCGCCAUCACUUGCACCCUUUUCCUCUGCCUCCCUGCUCUCGUCACCCGCGUUCGCAUCGAAGCUUCCAUUCUCCCUGACGACCAGGAUACCAUUGUCCCCUUUGACCGCACUUUCGGUGGCAAGGUUGUCAGCCAAAUGAUGGGUGGAACUGGUGUCGUGGGCUUCCUGGAUGCCUGGAGGUCCUUUAACUGGGAGGCUCGUCGCCGUCUUAUUAAGCUCUACACCAAGAACUUUUUCAUCCUCGCCGGAAUGAUGGUUGUCUUUUUCCACGUUGUGGCCUUUGAGACUUUUGCUAUCAUGGGACCUGCCAUUGGAAAGCUCAUGGCGCAGAUGAAGCAUGAUGGUAUGAACGGUGGUGCGUAA